UCUUGCUCAUCUGGAUGAUGGCAAACUAGACACAGGGUUUUUUAAUACUGCAUGGAAUGAUAUAACUUGUGCUGUUGAUAGAUUGGGUGGGCAGCAAAUGAAGCAGGAGUGUAAUCAUCUGAAAACCAAACCAUUAGAUCAAACCAAUCAAGAAAUAAUAAUGGACAUAAAACAUUCCAAUAAUGAAAUCCGGGAACUAAAAGAUUCAUUUAAAAGUUUGAUAAUAUCUCAUGAAUUACUGCAAAAACACCAUGCUGAAGUGAAGAAAUCCCAUGAGAUAUUACAGGAUGACCAUAGGAAAGUAACACAAGAAAUGGAAACAAUAAAAACUUCACUGAAGGAUACUGUACCAUGGAAUAUAAGAGCAAAAAAUGAACAAUUACUCAAAACCUGGAAGGACAGUGAUGAUAAGAUGUUUGUUAACACAAGAGCUGCAGAGCAUAUUUUCGAAUGUAUAAAGGAAAACAGCUGUGUAACUAUAACAGCUACGUCUGGUGUAGGGAAGACAGCAACACUGAGACAUGUAGCUUUAAAAAUGGUAGAAGAAUAUGAUGUACUUGUGGUCACAGAGCCAGGUGACAUUCUGAGGUUUUACAAUCCAAAUAAGAAAACAUUGUUUGUUGUUGAUGAUUUAUGUGGAAACUUUUCGCUGGACCAGAGUGACAUUAAAUGUUGGGAACCAAUACUAAAGGAUAUAAGACAAAAUCUUGAAAAAAACCAAACAAAAGUUCUUGCAGCAUGUCGGUUACAAGUGUACCUAGAUGAAAAGUUUGAUUCUUUGACAACUUUUAAGUCAUGUGUAUGUAACAUGUUAUCUAAAAACAUUUGCUUGUCAAAACCGGAAAAAGAAUUAAUAGCUAAGUUGUAUCUCAAUGCAAAAGCCUCUGAAAUAAGUGACUUUUAUGAUAUUUAUGACUGUUUUCCUCUUUUAUGUAAAUUGUACCAUGAUAAUCCAGAACUUAUUAUUACAGAUUUCUUUCAGAAUCCAUUUUCAAUUUAUGAAGCAGAGAUUGAUCAGUUUCUUAAGAAAGGGCAUCACGCUAAAUACUGUGCUUUGGCUUUAUGUGUCAUGUUUAACAACAAAUUAAAGGAAGAAAUGUUAAAAGAAGAGUUGAAUGAACAAACUAGGGCUAUUAUAGAGAACACUUGUGAGGCAUGCAGAUUAGACAGGGGGACAUCACGACUUGUAUUACAAGAUGAACUUGACUCACUUACACAUACAUUCAUAAAGAAAGAAAACAAUGUAUACAAAAUUUUACAUGAUAAGAUAUUUGACUUUCUUGCUAAGAUUUAUGGACAAAAAAUAAUCUAUUGCUUAAUAAAGAACGCAGACAGUGGUUUGAUAAAGGAGAGGUUUUUAUUAGAAAGAAAGGACGACAUGGAUCAGUUUAUUACUAUUGUACCUCCAGUCUAUCAUCAGAUGUACAUACAGAGAAUGAUUGAUGACUGGUCAAAUGGAAAAUUACAAGAUGUAUUUAGUAACAUCAAUAUGAAAAUACCUCAGUUCAGGCAGAAAUUGCUCUGCUAUUUGAAAACACUAGAUAUAUCUUACCAAAAACAACUGGCAAAUAUCUGUGAUGAACAUAAAUCAUUAUGUAAAAACCGUUAUUCGUUUAUAUUUGAUGAUGAUGAUGAUGAUUAUGAUGAUGAUGAUGAUUAUACCUAUGCACAUACCUAUGAAACUUCUUUAUUACAUUGUUGUUAUUUAGGUGAUAUGUUAUUUGUCAUGUGGUUGUUAGACAAAGGAGUAGACUGUAAUAAAUGUGACAAAUAUAAGGAGUCACCUGUAAUAACUGCUUGUCAACAUGGUCAUACCGAGAUAGUAAAAAUUUUGUUAGACAGAGGAGCAGACUAUAAUAAAUAUGGAAGGUAUGGUGAGUCACCUGUAAUGAAGGCUUGUGAAAAUGGUCAUAUAGAAAUAGUAAAGAUGUUGUUAGACAGAGGAGCAGACUAUAAUAAAUGUGAUGAAGAUGACAGUUCACCUUUAAUGGAGGCUAGUCAACAUGGUCAUACAGAUAUAGUGAAGAUGUUGUUAGACAGAGGAGCAGACUAUAAUAAAUGUGAUGAAGAUGACAGUUCACCUUUAAUGGAGGCUAGUCAACAUGGUCAUACAGAUAUAGUUAAGAUGUUGUUAGACAGAGGAGCAGAACAUAAUACAUUCGGAUGGUAUGGUGAGUCACCUGUAAUGAAGGCUUGUGAAAAUGGUCAUAUAGAAAUAGUAAAGAUGUUGUUAGACAGAGGAGCAGACUAUAAUAAAUAUGGAAGGUAUGGUGAGUCACCUUUAAUGAAGGCUUGUGAAAAUGGUCAUAUAGAAAUAGUAAAGAUGUUGUUAGACAGAGGAGCAGACUAUAAUAAAUGUGAUGAAGAUGACAGUUCACCUUUAAUGGAGGCUAGUCAACAUGGUCAUACAGAUAUAGUGAAGAUGUUGUUAGACAGAGGAGCAGACUAUAAUAAAUGUGAUGAAGAUGACAGGUCACCUUUAAAGAUGGCUAGUCAAUAUGGUUAUACAGAUAUAGUUAAGAUGUUGUUAGACAGAGGAGCAGAAUAUAAUAAAUAUUGAUUGUAUGGUGAGUCACCAGUAAUGAAUGCUUGUGAAAAUGGUCAUAUAGAAAUAGUAAAGAUGUUGUUAGACAGAGGAGCAGACUAUAAUAAAUGUAAUAAAGGUGGUGAUUCACCUGUAAUGAAGGCUUGUGUACAUGGUCAUACAGAAAUAGUAAAGAUGUUGUUAGACAAAGGAGCAGACUCUAAUAAAUGUGAUGCAUAUUAUCAGUCACCUGUAAUGAAGGCAUGUGAACAUGGUCAUACAGAAAUAGUGAAGAUGUUGUUAGACAGAGGAGCAGACUGUAAUAAAAAGAUGAACAGGGUCAGGCAGCUUCAAAUAUUGCCUAUAAAAGAGAAAACAAAGCUAUAAUUGCUAUGAUUCAUCAACUUUCCAGUCAGUAAAUAGUUCGAAAUUGAAGUUUAAUCAGUUAUUUUCAAAUUUGUUAAAGGCUGUUAUGAAUGCUUUGUCGAUAUUUAAACUUGUGUGUGGUAUAUGUUUAUACCUGUCAUAUUGAAAGUUUGAUGUUCUUCCUUUUUCUAGAGUAUUUCUUGUUAUUGCUUACAUUACUAAAUGAUGUACUAAGGUCAGUGUAGGAAUUUGUGUCAGAUUUUUUUUUUUUCAUACGAUAAAAUAUUUUACCCCAUAAAACCAAUUUUUCUUUUCAUAUAAGACUUCAUUUGCUCAUAUUAAAAAGGUCAUUAACCAAAAUGUAAGCAUA